UCACUCCCACAGAUGAAACAUGAGGAGUAUGUAGCAGAAACCAACAUUUCCACAGUAAUGCAAUUUGUCCUCCUGGGAUUCGAGGAUCUUCCCAAACUCCAAGGGAUUCUGUCUGCAUUGUUCUCCAUCAUUUACAUGAUUAUCCUCAUUGGUAAUUGCCUCAUAAUACUAAUAACUAGACUUGACCCUACACUGCAGAAACCCAUGUACUUUUUCCUUGCAAAUUUUUCUUCCCUGGAAAUCUGUUAUGUAUCAGUUACUGUCCCAAGAAUUCUGUUCAACAUUUGGACACGGGAUAGAAACAUCUCUGUGCUGGCUUGUGCUGUGCAGAUGUGCUUCUUUCUUAUGUUGGGAACUAAUGAGUGUUUUCUCUUAGCUGUGAUGUCCUAUGACCACUAUGUGGCCAUCUGCAACCCUCUGCACUAUCCUCUGGUCAUGAACCCCAGAAAAUGCACUCAGCUGGCCACAGGCUCCUGGCUCAUUGGCAUCCCAAUCCAGAUUGGGCAAACCUCUUGGAUAUUCUCUGUGAAAUUCUGCAAUUCUAAUAAAAUAGACCACUUCUUCUGUGAUAUACCACCCAUUCUCAAGCUGGCAUGUGGGGACACUUUAGGGCAUGAACUGUCUGUCUAUGUGGUUGUUAUGGUGGUGGCAGCACUGCCUUUUAUACUAGUGCUUACAUCCUACAGUAAAAUCAUCGCCACCAUCCUGAGGUUGCCAACAGCCAAAGGGCGAGCAAAAGCCUUCUCAACAUGCUCUUCUCAUUUGCUGGUGGUGGUUUUGUUUUAUGGGUCUGGUGCCAUUACCUAUUUAAGGCCAAAGUCCAUGCAUUCUCCAGGAACUGACAAACUGCUCUCCCUGUUCUACACAAUUGUGACUCCCAUGUUCAAUCCUCUGAUAUACAGCCUUAGGAACAAGGAGGUGAUUGCAGCAUUGAGAAAGUUAAUUUUACAAAAGUAG